AUGGAUUCGUAUAAACAAACGAUUUGGAUCUACACAGUGGGAGGACUGGGGAUUCUUCUCAAUCUCUUGCUUCUCUACAUGAUUGCAACCGAUCGAGCGGGUUUCAUGAUUGAUCAAACUGGGUUCCUGAUGUUCUGCAAGAAUCUCCACAAGCUUGGCUUCUGGUAUUCGUAUAUUGGAGUACGUUUCACGACUCUUUUUGAUCGUUGGUAUGGUAUUCUCGCAUUGACAAUUGCUCAUUUUGCCGGCGGUAUCCUCUAUGGGCUUUCGUGUGACUUCACAAUGAAACCAACUCCCGAACGUGAAAUGAUCAGCCGAGAUGAGCUUUUGUUUCGAUACAAUGUCUCUAUUGACAAUCUCGGUUAUAUUGGACCUGUUUAUAAACUAAUCGAUGAAACAACUGGUGAAAGCAAGUUUUUAAUCUCAAACAUGCUUGGCUCGUUUGGCUGUUGCGUGAUGCAGUUGACGAUCUAUUGGACGAUUUGUGCGGCGGGCAUGAAAUUG